AUGCCGCGCAAUUUCAAGCCGUCGUCACUCCACCUCCGCAACGUCAUAAUCUUUCUCCAUCUAUCUGGCCAAGAACCUGCGGAUAUCGAUAGACGUCUGAAGGAAGUUUACGAGGAGCACACCCCCGCUAGAAGUACAGUCUACAAGUGGCACACGAAGUUCGCGUCGGGUGACUAUUCCAUGGAAUAUGAAGACCGUUUGGGACGCCCGAUGGAGUUGGAUUUCGACAUGCUGCGGAGACAGGGGGAAACCGACCCGUAUCAAACCACUCGCGAACUGGCAGUCGCUCUUGGGGUGCGAAAACUAGGUCGAUGGGUACCACAUGCCCUGACGCAAUAUGAGAUGGACUGCCGCGCUGAUACAGCACUUUUUCUCCUCACGCUCAAGCGCACCCACACCUGGCUUGAGCACCUGGUCACCGGGGAUGAGAAGUGGAUUUCCUAUUCUAACAUUCACCGGCGUGCCCAGUGGAUUGACAAAGGUACGGAUGCAGAAGACGUCCCUAAACUCGACGUGCACGCCAAAAAGGUUAUGUUCUGCAUCUGGUGGAGCGUACACGGCGUCGAAUACUGGGAACUGCUCGCUGAGGGAUGUACAGUGGCCGCAGACGUCUACGUUGAGCAACUGAGGAAUUUGAAGACAUAUCUCGAAAAUGCACGCCCGCAGCAGAGCGAAGUCUGCUUCCAGCACGACAACUCUCAGUCACACAUUGGAAAAAUGACCAAGGCUGAACUGAAGAAGUUCUUCUGGACCAUUUUACCACACCCACCGUAUUUCGUAGGUCUGGCUCCCUCGGAUUACCACCUUUUUCCCUAUCUCCAAAAUCAUCUGGAUGGUCAAUACUUCCAAACCCGCGACGACAUCAAAAAGGCACUCGAGCAGUUCUUCAGGGAACAGUCGCCAGCGUUCUGGAGAAAAGGCAUCUACGAUCUGCCUAGACAGAAAACCAUCGAUGCCAAUGGGGCACACUUCAAAUGA